AUGCCUCUGGAACUCAACAUUGCAUACAAGCCAAUCUCGCCGCCUCUUGUGGGCGAAAACGGCUACCGGGGGUUCCUGGGAUUCAGUGAGAUCCUCCCCAAGGGAUGGAAGGCCAGCGACUCCUCGAAACCCCUCAGCACAGACAUCCUCGUCGACCACGAUGUCGAGCUCCGGAUGCGCGACGGCUGCAAAAUCUAUGCCGACAUCUAUCGCCCCACAACCUCUAGCAGCGACUGCCCGGUCCCUGCGAUUCUGUCCUGGAGCCCCUUUGGUAAAAAGUUUAAUGGAAUGCAUUUCCUGCAGGCCAUGACCCCGUACAAUAUGGGCGUCAGGGGCACCGACCUCAGCGGCCUCGAAAAGUUCGAAGGUCCCGACCCGGCCGACUUUGUCCCUCACGGUUUCGCUAUUGUCAACGUGGAUCCCCGUGGGAUUGGUGACUCGGACGGUCUCUGCCAUAUAAUGGGACCACAGGAGGGUCAAGACGGAUACGACGCAAUCGAACAUGUUGCCAUGCUCCCAUGGUGCAGCGGCCGCGUUGGAAUGGCAGGCAAUUCACAUCUGGCGGUGAUCCAGUGGCACGUCGCGCAGUUGCAGCCGCCGUCCUUAAAGGCAAUCGCCCCCUGGGAAGCGUGCAGCGACUUGUUCCGUGAGCAGUUUGUGCGCGGGGGGGUCUAUGCUGGGGCCUUUUAUGACCACAUCACCGCUGCCAUGUUCAGAGGUCGACGGGGCAUGGAGGACUUUGCUGCGAUGCAUCGACGAGAUCCCCUCGCCAACGCCUACUGGGAUAGCAAGCGGCCAGACAUGUCGCGGAUCCAGGUUCCAGCCUACAUCACGGCGUCAUUCAAUAGCUUCCUCCAUACCAUGGGGUCCAUCCGAGGAUACAUGCAAAUCCCACAUUCCCAGAAAUGGCUCCGGUUUAGCCCGUAUCAAGAAUGGCAUGACCAAUGGGCGGUGGAGGACUCCAAGCAGGAACUGAUUGCCUUUUUCACGCGCUAUCUCCAGGACACAAAGAACGACUGGGAAAAGACACCGCGCGUCCGCCUUUGUACACUCCGCUUUGGCGCAUUGGAUGCCAUCACGGACCAGGUUUCAGAGGACUUUCCUUUUCCUCAGACGACUUACAAGACACUGUUCCUGAGGGAGGGUGGUAGCCUUGACCCACAACCCGCGAAAGAGAGCCAUACAGUCUCGUACAACUCUGAGGAUCCAGGAUGCAUCGCUUCUUUUACCCACGUCUUCACGACGCGCACUGUUUUAACCGGGAUCCCCAAGGUGGUGCUAUACAUGUCCUGCCCCGACUCCGACGACAUGGACGUGUACGUGAUGAUUCGAAAACUAGAUACAAAUGGAGACGCAAUGCUCUGUCUCAAUGUGCCCUGGUCAUCCAUCACGCCGAAAGCCCUUGCAGAGAUCCCGCAGGAGAUGGCAAGCGACCUUCUCGUGUACAAAGGGCCUGUGGGGAUCCUGCGGGCCUCCCAUCGCGAGAUCGACGCGACUCAAUCAAUGCAUCCCAACUACCCCUUCCACCCUCAUUCCAGGGCGCAGCCGCUGCAACCGUCCGAGGUGGUCAGGCUUGAGAUUGGGAUAUUCGCUAUGAGUAUUGAAUAUGCACCUGGUGAGGCGUUGCAGCUGCAGGUGUCUGGGCAGUCUCCGCAAGAGGUGUCGUUUAGAGAAAUCAAGGGGCGCACAGGUAAUCAUGCGAAUCGAGGGGAUCAUCAUGUACAUUUCGGCACCCAGUAUCCUAGCCACCUUAUCCUACCAUUUGUGUGA